AUGGUGGGCACCAGGUGCAUUGUGGGAGUCCGUGCCAUGGAGACGGGGAAGCCUGUGUUGUUCGCGGUGUCCCCGGUGCGGGAGCUGGGGCACGGGAUCUCCCUCGUGUCAUUCUUGCUGUGCAUCACGUGCCCCGGACACAGCUUCUCCAUCCCCUUCCAGCGGCCCGGGGACUGCGGCCUCCGGCAAUACUAUGACCGAGCCAGCCUGUCCUGCGAGCAGUGCCCGGACACCAUGCAGCCCGGCCCGGGGGGUACUUCAUGUGUGUGUCUUCCUGGAUACAAGUUAAUGUCUAGUCAUGGCCCUGUGGGGACCUGUCAAAAGUGCCCUGAGAAUAUGGGUGUUACGUCAGAUGGCUGGGAUUGUAUUCACUGUCCCAGUGGACUAACCCUCAGUGGAAACUGCCAGUGCUCACCAGGAUACAUUUUAAUUGAAAGAGAUUUUAAUGGUACCUUGCUAAAUAAGGCUGUGUGUGUUGAUUGUGACGAGAACGAGCCAUCUUUCACAUCCUCCAAUGCAUUUGGACACAGGUGUGAAAGAUGCCAUGACACCUUUAUCAACAGGAGUAACUCCUGCAGCUGUCAACAACCAAAUAUUUUGGCUGGAGGCAUAUGUUUCAGCAGAGCAAACAAUUUUCUCUCUAGAGUUCUCCCUACUAUUCGAUUUGGACACUUGGGUGUAAUGUUGAGAUCCGAAUGGCUUUCUCUUCAUUUACAGGCAUCAGCGGCAGCUUGUUUGCUGUACUCCAAUCAAACAGCGUGCCAGGCUUUGGGGAACAUGUGUGUGAUGAAUAUGCAUUCCUUGGGGUCCCCAGAUUCAGACGCAUGCUUUAUCUUCCGCUAUAUAUUCACAAACACAGCCAGACUGGGAUCUCUUCAUUCCAUUGCUUUCUGGAGACCCAAUCUACCAUGGCUUUAUUAUGAUGAUCAACCAGGCUUAGCAUCUCGAGUUCUUACAACUUCUCCAUUUCCUUCAAGCUUCUCUUUUAAAUCAAGGGAACAGGAACACAGCUCAAAGCUUCCAUUCGUAGCAGCUCUAUAUGAUGUGCGAGGGAAUUUCUUGAAAUGGCACACUUUGGAUGGAGGUCUACUACAGCUUUGUCCUGACAUUGUGACACGGUUGGAUGCUGCAUACACAUUUGGCACAACAUAUGAGCAAAAUUGUGAUUUGUCCUUGGCCAAGAUUCUUGCGGAUUACCCGGAGCCCGUAUUUUAUGAUGUGUACCUUUCUCACCCAGGGAGUGAUGGACACAGGCACAUUUGGCCGGUUCCAGUUCUAAAUCUAAACCUCCGGUAUAAUGAAUUGUUUGUGAAUCAAGGAAACAAUAUUAAUAACUGGCUAUUAACUCGUCGCAUAUUCCUGGUUGAUACUCUAAGCGGGAGAGAAACUACUCUGACUAACCUUCCCAGAGUCAUUAGAAUUGCUAGCAAAAUCACAAUAAGCAUCUGUCUUGUGCCCAACACUUACAAAGGACUAAUCUAUCCACCUCUGAUGACUGUUGAGUACACAGAUGUACAAAUUCAAAAUCCAAACACCCAGACUGUAAAGGUUUCAUUUUCAGUAAAUUAUGAAAUGAGACAAUCUGAUUCUCUCGUUCAGACUAAUGUGGCAGUUGGAGUGCUGGGGGCGCUGGCAGUUCUUUGGUCAAUUCUGAAAACUGCAGCUUGGAAAAGGAGAAUAGGAAGCCCAUUUGUAGAUUUGACGACCGUCAUCCACUUCUUGAUAUUUUACGCCGGAGCCUUGGCUAACGUAUUUAUUGUUGUGACAGUUGGUUCUGCAUUUUAUUGGCUUAUCUUAUUCAAAGGGCAGCAGUAUGUCUCUGUUUUCCUGCCUUUACCAGUGGAGGAAGAAAACUUUGUUACUUAUGUCGGUUGUGCUUUUGGUCUAAAGGCUCUGCAUUUUCUAUACAAACUUGUCUCACAGCUCUCAAUAGACAUCUUCUUUAUUGACUGGGAAAGACCUAAAGGCAAAACUAUAAAAUCUGAUGAUGGCCUGAAGAGCGAUCUUGCACCUGUGAGCAUUUGGAGGACUUACUUUGUGGGAAAUGAAUGGAACGAAAUUCAGACUGUGCGAAAAACCAAUCCGCUCUUUCAAGUCAUCGCUGUGCUAUUCUUAUUAGAGAUCGCUGGUUUUAAAAACCUAGCAUUAAUGGACCCCUCAUCUAGUCUCUUAAAAAGUGAGGAUGAUUACAUAGCACCAUGGAGUCAGACACUAAGAUAUGGAGUGGUUACCGCACUCUGGCUCGCCAUUGGAUUAUUGCAGGCUUUGUUCUUUUCUGUAGUUUAUGAAAGAUUUGUAGAAGACAAAAUCAGACAGUUUGUUGAUUUAUGUUCCAUGAGCAAUAUAUCUGUCUUCAUAUUGUCACACAGAUGUUAUGGAUAUUAUAUUCACGGUCGCUCUGUGCACGGCCACGCAGAUACCAACAUGGAAGAAAUUAAUAUGAAUUUAAAGAGAGAGGCGGAGAAUAUGUGCAGUCAACGAGGUUUACAACCCAAUAAUGAUAUCCAGACGUUCCAGAUUUCAAUUUGUAACAGAAUGAGAAUACAGUUCGACCGCGUGCAUGCCAAUAUAACAAAGAGGAACGGCCCUUCUAGGUUUUUGCAAUCAUCUUCAACUACUUCUGAACAGAGCACAAAGGCAUACCAUACCAUGAAUAAAUUCCUUAGCUCCUUUAUUGAUCAUGCGUUUAAGGAUAUGGACUACUUUGUAAAAGAUAAAUUAUUUCUGGAACGAAUGCUCAGCAUGGAAUUUAUGGAACCUAUGGAUAAAAGCAUCUUCUAUAAUGAUCUGAAACAUUCUUUCAGCAAUGUUCUGUUCUAUGGGAAUGAGUCAACUCUUCUUGUCUUUGACAUGCUGUUUUUCUGUGUAGUUGAUAUUGCAGCGCAAAAUUUUGUUUUGGCAGCGAUACUCACAUAUCUUCAAAGUGAGUGUUUCCGGCUCAUCCGUGCCACGGCAGGGCAGAAGAAUUUGGCAUCAAAAACUCUAAUAGACAAACGGUUCCUUAUUUAGAAAGACAGAUGUUGUAUACCAGCCCCAGCCAUUGGACCAGUGUUCAGGACAUUUUGUAAAUGUUCUUUUUGUAUUUAAAAUUAGAAUAGUUUUGUUAAUUAUAUGGAAAUGUAUUUUUGGAAGCAAAAUACACUUUGAUUGUUCAAUCUUUAAUUUUUUGAAGGUUAGGUGCGGAUAUUGUCACAUACAUUUUGUUUAUUUUUGACUUGCUGAAGUAGAAUUUACAAUGUUUUUCUACAAUUUCAAGGGACUGACUUGUGCAUAACAUGGCAACGUUCUGUUGUCUUAAUCUGCUAUAAUUCUCUAUAAACCGCUAUAAAAAAAACUCAUCCCUACCUUUAUUAUAGGACAGGUCCGUCAGCCAUUUACAUACACCUUGGGUCAGACAGUGUUUGAAAACGUCUAUAUAGUCUCUAUGGUAUUUGCUGCUUCACUCCCUGCACAGCACAGUGACGUUAUCAGACUGACUAACUGUUACAUUCAAACACUGUCUGACCCAAGGUGUAUGUAUAUGGCUAAAGGAUCCUGUCAUAUAAUAAAAA